AUGUUCAAAAGGCGCAAGUCCCUUGCUUCGGAACGCAAGAGAGAAAUAUUUUCCCGAGGAGUUACACGGUCCAUGCUGAAGAAUGACUUGAGAAACUUUCAUUGUUUGUCGCAACUUGUGCUCUCAGCAGGCCCUCUAAAAUCAGCUCCAGUAGUUAAACAUUCAAAAACUGCGCACUUUGAGAUUGAAAUACUCGAUGCUCAAACAAGAAAGCAGAUAUGUAUUGUGGAUAAGGUGGUGCAAACAUCCACUAUUCAUGAUGUUAAACAAAAAUUCCACAAAGCAUGUCCAAAGUGGUAUCCUUCCCGAAUUGGCCUGCAGCUAGAACGAGGUGGGCCUUUUUUGAAGGACUACAUAACCAUUCAAAGUAUUGCAACUUCCUCCAUUGUCACUCUCUAUUUUACAGACCUAGGUCAACAGGUCAGUUGGACUACAGUGUUUUUGGCUGAAUACACAGGACCUCUGAUUAUAUAUCUCCUCUUUUAUUUGAGGAUCCCAUAUAUAUAUGAUAUGAAAGAGAGUUCUAGAAGAUUCUGUCACCCAGUGGUACACUUGGCUUGCUUCUGUCAUUGCAUACACUAUAUCCGAUAUCUUUUGGAAACCUUAUUUGUUCAUAAAGUUUCUGCAGGACAUACACCUUUGAAAAAUUUGAUAAAGGGCUGUGCCUUUUAUUGGGGAUUUACUUCUUGGAUUGCCUACUACAUUAAUCACCCACAGUAUACACCACCAUCAUUUGGAAACCGGCAAGUCACAGUAUCUGCUAUCAUUUUUUUGAUUUGUGAAGCUGGAAAUCAUUUCAUCAAUGUAACCUUGGCUCAUCCCAAUCACACAGGAAUUAACGCCUGUUUUCCAAGUCCAAAUUAUAACCCCUUCACAUGGAUGUUUUUCCUGGUUUCAUGUCCUAACUACACCUACGAGAUUGGAUCAUGGAUUAGUUUCACAGUCAUGACACAAACACUGCCAGUUGGGAUUUUUACACUUCUGAUGAGUAUCCAGAUGUCUCUAUGGGCACAAAAGAAACAUAAGAUUUAUUUGAAGAAAUUCAAUUCUUAUGUGCAUAGAAAAUCAGCAAUGAUUCCAUUCAUACUGUAG